UUACACUGAACCACAUGUUACAAAGAAAAAAAAUACAUUCAGAACAACAAUUUGAAUGGCCAUGAGUUAAUAUUUGGCUACAUUAUAUGAAAGGAAGAUGACUGCUAACUUCAGUUCUCCUGAUGAAGAUGUAAUUAGCAGAAAACUUGAUGUUUAUUCUGGUGGAAAUGUGUCUAAAGAUUUACUAGAGAAAUUUUACGAAAUUCAAGAUUGCAUUAAAUGGAUACAAAAAAAUGAUUUUAAAAAGAUAGCAUUGCAAAUGCCUGAUGAAUUGAUGAAAGACUCUGUACCCAUAGCUGACAAAAUUCAAAGUCAAAUAGAGGGCAAAGUGUUUAUACUUGGAGACACAUCAUAUGGCAGUUGUUGUGUAGACGAAAUAACUGCUGAACAUUACAAUGCAGACUGUAUUAUUCACUAUGGCCAUAGUUGUAUGAGCCCUACUCGUAGAAUCCCUGUAAAGUUUGUUUUUGGUCAAUCACCAGUAGAUGUUCCUGAUCUUGUGUCAAAGGUCAAGGACAUAUUUACAGACAAAGAUAAACUUAUUGUUUUGUUGUAUGAUACCUGCUAUCAUCAUGUUGUAGAUGCUAUUGCUACAGAAUUGAAACAUCAUUUUCAUAACUUUGUUGUGUCAGGACUAAAUUUUCCAUCAGGAAAUGGUGAUUCAAAUAAUAGUUGCCAUGACAGUUUGUCAAAUGACCUUUCUCAAGAGAAAUCUAUAUGUAAAUGCAACCGAUCAUUUAAAAUUCCUCUAAACCAGUCAUUAGAUAGUGCAAUGAUGCUUUAUAUAGGACAAGAAAAUUUAACCUUGACGAAUUUAAUAAUGACCUUGAAUAAGUGCUGUUUUUAUACCUAUAAUCCAUUGAACUUUGAACUAAGGAAAGAAAGUUCUAAUGUAAACAGAAUGUUAAUGAAAAGAUUUUACAUGGUGGAGAAGGCAAAAGAUGCAAACAUUGUUGGUAUCGUAGUGGGAACUUUAGGUGUGGCUGAUUAUCUUAAAGUUAUAGAACGACUCAAAAGCUUAAUCAAACAAGCUGGAAAGAAAAGUUAUACAUUUGUUGUUGGAAAGUUAAAUGUUCCUAAACUUGCAAAUUUCUUGGAAGUGGAUGUAUAUGUGCUAGUUGCAUGUCCAGAAAAUACAUUAUUGGACUCGUCAGAGUUUUAUAAGCCUGUUGUAUCAGUGUAUGAAAUGGAGAUGGCAUGUAACAGAAGUCGAGAAUGGACUGGAGAUUAUCACACAGAUUUCAGGGAUAUAUUACCAGAUGGGUCAGACUAUAUUCCCCUUGGAGAUUCUGACAUGGAAGGUACUACUGACGUAUCAUUAAUCACAGGCAAACUGAGGACUAUAGGUCAUGUGACACAACCAGAGGUUACAUCAACAUCAAUCGUCACCAGAAACGAAGCAAUGGCUGUUACAACUGUAAAGGCAGAAAAUGCAGAGGAGUUCUUCUCAUCACGUUCAUGGAAAGGAUUAGAACAGAAUCUGGGUCAAACAGAAGUUAGUGAUGCAGUCGAGGGAAGUAAAGGAAUAGCAGCAGGUUACAGCUAUGAACAGAAUUGAAUUUUAACUAUUAAAAAAUCAUUUAAAUAUUA